AUGGCGUCACGGGGCGCGCGGGGGCCGCCGCAGGGAGUGGGGGCGCAGGCGUAAGACUGUGGUUAGAGAGAAGACUAAAUGGGAAUGCUGCAAUUCUGGGAGUAAAGGUGGUAAAGGAACUGUCAUGAGACGGAGUUUGGAGGCAGAAGAGUUUGGAGGACGAAGAGGUGUCUCUAGAGGACUGAUGGUCAAAGUCUUUAAAGUGUUUCACAGUGUGUUGCUCUCUGUUGAAGUGAAAGGAUAAACGAUGUGGAAAUGACAGAAGUCAAAACGCAGUUUGCAGUGAUUGUGACAAUGCUGGGAAUGUCAGUGGCUUCUUACUGUGUAUUUUGCUACAGAAAAAUAGGAACUUCUGGUCCAACCACAAAAAAACACCUACCCUGGAAUGAUAUCAGAAAAAUUGCAAAGGUAACUGGAUCACUUAUACUAGGAGGCUUUGUAUUCAUUACAUAUGAAGUCCUGUCCUUAAAUAAGUUACUGCAAAUCGAUACUCAAGCUCUACAUCAAGAAAAAGUUAAAUCCUAUGUAUACGUACGUACAGCUUCUCUAAGUCCAAGUGAAUAUCAAGGGAUUACAUACAAGGCCAGAAAAGAAGUCCAUAAAGCAGUGAGGAGAAUUCUAGAAACAGAAGCUAAAAUCUUCCGGAGACCCUUUAGUGAACAAUUCAGUACCUUUGAUGGAGAAGAUCAUGAGUGUGCCUUAUGGCUUCUCUUAAAGAGAAGUCAGUCAGAAGACAAAGCAGUCCGACUGCAGGCUGUGCAAGACCUGGCAAGCAACAGUCACUGGCAUGAUUAUCAGUAUGCCACAGCUGCUCAAACCUGUGAUCAAAGGACUGCUAUAGGUUUGGCUCGAUCCAAAGAUGUCGACCUUCGCUUUUUCCUGCCUCCACCACCAUUGCCAAAAAUCAAGACUGAUUAUCCCAUAGAAGAUGAACUUCGUUUGUUGUUGGUAUCUUUACCUCAGACUGGUCUUGAUCCAUGUGUCCAGUACUUCACAUCUCUUGCAUUACGUGAAAGUAGCCAGACUCUUGCUGCACAAAUGGGAGGCUUAUGGUGUUUUGGAGGAAAUGGACUUCCAUAUUGUGAGACAUUGAGUAAAAUUCCUUCAGAGACAGUGGAACUCUUUUGCUUGCAGGCUUUAGUACAGCAUUCCAAGAUUUCUUCUCACUGUGAUAAAAUUGAAGCUAAAGGAGGCCUCCAGCUACUGCAGAGGAUAUACCAGCUACGUAAAGAUUCAGCAAAGAUACAGAGGAACAUAAUCCGCAUUAUUGGGAAUAUGGCUUUGGAUGAACAUCUGCACUCAUCCAUAGUACGUGCAGGCUGGGUUUCUGUUCUUGCUGAAGUAAUGAAAUCCCCACACAUCAUUCAGUCUUCUCAUGCAUCCAGAGCUUUGGCUAAUCUAGACAGGGACAUGGUGAAAGAAAAAUAUGCAGAUGGUGUUUAUGUCCUACAUCCACAGUAUCGUAGCAGCCAGCCUGUCAGAGCAGACAUCCUUUUCGUUCAUGGCCUUUUGGGAGCUGCGUUUAAAACCUGGCGGCAGCAGGACAUUGACCGGCACUUGGAUAGAAGGGCCUCAGAAGGGGAAGAGGACUACACUCAGUGCUGGCCAAAGACAUGGCUUGCUUCAGACUGUCCUUCCCUUAGAAUCAUAUCUGUGGAGUAUGACACUCAUUUGAGUGACUGGAAAGCAAAAUGUCCUGUUGAGGCUCAAAGGGAGUCUAUUGCUUUCAGGAGCAGUGAGCUGCUUGACAAGCUCAAAGCUGCUGGGAUUGGAGACAGACCUCUGGUGUGGGUAUCCCAUAGCAUGGGUGGUCUUCUAGUCAAAAAGAUGCUGGUGGAUGCUUCUAAGAAUCCAGAAAUGGAUAAAAUUGUAAACAACACCAGAGGAAUCAUAUUUUAUAGCGUACCUCACCAUGGUUCCCAGCUAGCUGAAUAUUCUAUAAAUGCCAGAUAUCUCCUCUUCCCAUCUGUGGAGGUUAAAGAGCUCAGCAAGGAUUCUCCUGCCCUUAAAGAACUGAAUGAUGACUUCUUGUCUUUUGCCAAAGACAAGAAAUUUUCUGUGCUGAGUUUUGCAGAAACCCUACCAACACACAUAGGCAGCAUGUUAAAACUGCAUGUUGUACCUGUGGAGUCAGCAGGUUUUUUUUUUUCCCUUUUCCAGACAUAGGAAUUGGAGACCUUAUUCCAGUGGAUGUUAAUCAUCUAAAUAUUUGCAAGCCAAAGAAGAAGGAUGCUUUCCUGUAUCAACGUACACUGCAGUUCAUUCAGGAUGUUUUAGCCCAAGAACUGUGAGACUGAGGUUUUGCCAUCCUUUCCUGCUUGUGUCCUGUGUUUGGUGUGACACAGAAACUUCUAACAUUUGUUAGGGGAUCUGCAGAAAGUUACAAGGGUGCUGUGUCAAUAGUAUCUGCUGCUGAAUAAUUUCCUGUACAUCUUGAACUUAAGGUACCUGUCCAAUUUCUUUCUCAAAAUACAUUCAAGACAAAUACAAACUUGGCAAAAAGAAAGUGUGUGCCCAGGGUAUCUUCUUUUAGCAAAAAAAACCAAAACAAAACAAAAAAACAAACAAAAAAAAAAAAAAAAAGAAAAAAAAAACCAAAAAAAAAAAAAACAAAAAAACCAAAAAAAACCACCCCAAAAAAAUAACUCCAAGCUUGCUUUGAAAGCAGGUAAAUAUACACCUGGGAUAAAGUCUUAUAGACAGGAUUAGAAACAAUUAAAUGAGAUGGUUAUUGUGUCAAAGGGGAGAAGCAGUAUGUAGCUGCUGCAAAGUUUUGGUUUAUUGUCCAUGUUAGGGUAGCCUGACUGGAGCCUGAAAAAUUAGUACUCAAGUGAAUUAAGGUAGUGUUUUGGCCUAGUGACCCAAUUUUAGGAGGUUUUGUCAUUUGCCUUUUCUUUUAACACAUCACCCAGAUUGGUCAGCAGACACAGCAUGUGUUUUUCUGCAUGAGAAAGAGACAGGUUGGUCGCUCGCCUUGCUUAGAAAAUUGUUGUCGGUUUAAUGAAAACAAAAGAAAAGAAAUGUUCAUCUCCUUGUACAUUUCCCUCCUAAUCUUAGCAACUUGUGAGACUGCUUUCCUUAGGACAGUGUGUAUCUGGUCAGACAGGGCAGUUCUGUGCUUGUUCACACUGAAGAUGUGUUUGAUGAGCUCAGCUCUUCUUUGCUCUUGGGAGACUCCAAGAAGUUGGUGCAUUCAAUUCCCUGGCUCGUGUUACUCAUACAGAAACUUUUCUGUAGCUGAUUUAAAGAAGAGCAUUGAAAAUGCUUAGGUGGAGCACAAGAGAUGUAGGCCCUGACAAGAAAGCUGAUAGCUGGAGUUUGGAGCUGAGGUAGAAAAAAGUAAAGCAGGAAGAAAAUCAGGUGAUUGUAAGGCCUCACUGGAAAUUACCACAAAUGCUUUGGUUUCCUGGGGCCCAAAUAUAUAUGCUGGUGUAGAUACAGAGAAAACCAGCAGUGUCUUAUUUGAGUUUAUGUUUAUGUUUAGGAUACCCUAACAGUACUGAUGAGAAAUCAGUAUUUUUAGAUGAAAAAGUGGCAGUGCACAGUCACUUUUUUGAAGUCUUAAAUAAUUUGUACUGUGGUUAAAAGCAGCCUCAUGUUAUUGUGGUCUCAUUACUCCCUUUCUUCACACCUGCAUCCCUCUCUGAAAACAAACAUGGGCUGUGUAAAGCUGUACUUCUUCUGCUGACCAUUUGUUAAAUAAGGUCUGUAUAGAUGACAGGCUUGAGGGGUGUCCUCAUGCCACUCCUGUGAGAUGGAUCCAGUAUUAGUGUCCUUCAAAUGGUGGCUGUGAAAGCUGCCAGGGAGGUGGGAUGCACCUUGCAGUUCUGCAUGGGCUUGGUGCUGUGGGCACUGCAGUCCUGCCAGGUCCUGAGAGCAGCCCAGGAGGACACUGUAGCUCAAAAUACACUUCUGGAAAUUGAGGGAGCUGCAAAGUAAAAUUCACAAGAGCAGCACAGACACUGUACAGCACUACACUGGCAAAAAGAGCAUUUCCCCUCCUGAGAUGUAGGUAAGAACACUGCAUGGCAGUGUUUUGUAUAGAAAAUGUAACAGAAAUGUCCUUAUUUCUGAAGAGCUUUAUGUUUUUUACACUGUGGUUUAGACUUCAGAGAGUAACUAUAUUAGUACACUUUGUAUUCACAGAGUAGAGUAUGUGGAAUUCAUGGUGAAUAGACAAGACUUCUAAUAACUGAAUGCUUGUUUCAUGUGACAAAUCUAUUAGUUUUAGUAGACUCCUUUGGCUUACAUGGAUUCAGAUCAGUGACAUUAAAAAAACAUUAAGUUUAGUAAAUGCAUCUAUGUUUUGUAACUGGAAUUCUCCUUUUUGUAACUGUAUUUAUAUAUGUGUAACUAAAACUAAUAUUUGGUGGGGGGUUGUUGGGUUUGGGUUUUAUUUUUUUUGAAUAUAGUAAUAAAAUGUGAUUUAAAAAUUGUCUUUAUGUCACAAUGUGUAUUAAAGGUUAAUGAUCUGCCAGCUGAA